AUGUCGCCUAAGACCGAGAAGUCUAGGCUCCUGAGUAGACUACCGGCAGAACCAGAGACGGAAAAUGCACAAGUGCAAGCCGACCUGAGAUCGAAGUCGCUCCUAGGACGCCUUUGGGGCACCAUCUCACUAGCCCACCUAAUCACGGAGAGUAAUCAAAAGGCCUACGUCCAGCCGGUCGUGCUAUUUGCCAUGCUAAGCACCGCCUCGGGGGGAGUUACAUCCAACCCAAACCCCAGCUGGAAGGAUAUCGCUAUGUGCUUCCCCCGCGUCUUGCUCUACAUCUGGCUUUACGUACUCUACUUCGACUGCAGCAAUCAGAAGGAUCCUGAGGCUGUAAAAGAGGACAAAAUCAACAAGCCGUGGCGCGCCAUUCCCUCGGGCAGGCUUAGCAUCGAGGGGGCGGAGCGCUGGUACAUCGCGGCAUGCUGCCUGUUGUUGGCGGUUAGUGGCCUCUGGCUCGGUGGCUUUCCCGAAGCAGUCGCCUUCAUGAUUGAGACAUGGACGUAUGACUAUGCGCGUGGCGCGGAUUUCUGGUGGUCAAAGAACAUCAUCAACUCUUUGUUUUACGCGACGGGCCAGCUCGGAGCAACCCGCGUGGCUGCCGAGUCCAUGACAGACACAACCAUGGUCAGAGCUGGCUAUGAGUGGUGUGGCAUCCUUGCGCUCGAAAUCUUGACGACCAUACAAAUCCAAGACAUCAAGGAUGAAGAGGGUGACAACGCCCGUGGGAGACGCACUAUGCCCAUAGUCAUCGGACAAAAGCCAACUCGCUGGCUUACGUCUCUGACUAUUGGCUUCUGGUCUGUCGCCUGCCCUUUGUAUUGGGCCACCGGCAGUUUGCACGCCGGAUUCAUUUUGCCGUUGUUCAUCGGGGCUGUGGUGACGAUUCGCACGCUUUUCUGCACUUCCGUUCCAGCCGACCGAAUUACCUGGAACAUUUACACUUUGCUAUGGCUGCCAGCACUUUAUGCAACACCUCUUCUUAGCAGGUUUGAUCUCUUGUCCUUUUACUAG